CACUGCCACCCGGCUAGAUUAUUUUUAAUGUCUUCAUUUUUCAUACGUAUAGAAACUGAAGCUCAGAGAAGUCACAUACUUUGGAGAUACUCACCUGGAAAGUAGUAGAGCUAGGAUUUGAUGAGUCUGAGUUAGCCUUGCCUGAAACUUCAGAUUUGUGAGUAAAGAGUGGAAGACCACGAGUCCAAGUAUCACUAGGAACCUCAGAUUGGGAGUACAGUUGGCAGUAAAAGGUAAAGUUAGACUGAGGGCAAAAAUAGCAAUUUGGGUUGAGAUUAGGUUGAGAACUAUUUGAGUGUAGAACCCUGUAGACAAUUGGCAGUAUGAGACUAAUGCUUGGUUAACAUGACAACAUAAAGCUAUUACAUUGUUGACUGUUCUUGUGCAAGUAAACAGAAAAUCAAAAGAUUGAACCUUGGGAGUCAUGGGGAAUGCAGAAAUGGGACACUUAGCAUGGUAAAGGCCUAGAAAACCUUGCCAUAGGACUUGAGGCGGGAGGACUCUAAAAGAAAAGGACAGUUAAUAGGAGAUUGUUCCUACCUCCCAAGUGGCCCCUUUCUUAGUCCUAGAUAGAGCCACCAACCUCACCACCUAUAGACUCAUAGAGCACAGUGAGAGGGAAGAGCAGUGUCUCCCAAACUUGCUGUGUUGUCCUACCUUAACAGCUAGCUGAGAAAACAAACUGAUAAUAGAGAAGAUGGGAAAAGAAUAGGGGGUCCCAAAGCCAGGCAUCAUGGCUCACACUCACAAUUCUAUCACAUGGGAUAUAAUUCUACUAAGGCAGGAGAAUGGCUGUGUGUAAGUCUGGGUACAGAGUGAGUUCCAGGACAGCCUGGGGUACAUAGUGAAACCCUAUCUAAAUGAGAGAAAAAAAAAAGAGUAGCAUUUGACUUAUGUUCUAGAUCUAUGGAAAAUGCUAUGAUUUGUAACUUCUCACAAGAACCUAUUUAAAUCUCAGUUGCCAUUUCACAGACAAAAGCAAGGCUCAAGGAAGUCAGCUAGCCAAGUGGAAACUUAGACUAGGUUUCUCUGGCCCCAGUGCCAGACCGUUUCUACCAAACUGGGCAUGAAUUUGGCUUCUUCUUACUUGGUACAAACCUGAACUCAGAAGUGGCUCAUGUUAGGUCCAUUCUGAGGAGAUAUGCCUGGAGGCUGGAGAAGGGAAGCAAAUAGUUCAUGAAGCUUUGGGUCCAAGAUGGACUAGAAGCCAAUGCUCCGAUGCCCUCAGACCCAGUUCUAACAGCCCUCAAAUACCUUAUCUUUUUCCCUCAGAUGCUCACAUAUAUCCUGAGCUUCCUACCUCUGUCAGAUCAGAAAGAGGCAUCCCUUGUGAGUCGGGCUUGGUACUGUGCAGCCCAGAAUGCCCUUCGAGAGACAAAUGUGCGGUACAACAUUCCUGUGUCCUCUGCCUCACUCUCGGCCAUCAAGAACUUGGGCCUCAGGGGCAUUUCACACAUCAGCUUGACCAAUCUGGAUGGCUCACCAGCUUCGCACCAGGUACUGCAGUCUGUUGCUUACCACUUAGGCCCACACCUGGAGAGCCUUUGCCUGGGUGGGGGCAGCCCCACAGAGGCAUCCUUCUUGGCCCUGAUCCUGGGAUGCCCAGUCCUGCGCACCCUUGAUCUCAGCGGCUGCAACAGUCUUUUCACAUCAGGCACUCUGCUGGCUCAGCCUGAGACAGCGCAGUGUGUCCGAAAGGCAUUGAGUGGCCUUCGUGAUCUUAACCUGGCUUGCCUGCGUGACCUGACUGACCUCAGCUUCAACCAUCUCAGUGGUUGUUUCCCCAGCCUGGAGCGCCUCUCCUUGGCCUACUGCCAUCUUACCUUUGAGUUAGGCCCAACCUGGGGCUCCAUUACCCCGCAGGUUUCCUCUCCCUCCCAGCUUUCCUUCCACAACCUGCUUCAGUUCGUCAAAGAGCGAGCUGGUAGGCUGCGUGCCCUAGACCUUAGUGGUACUGGCUUGCCACCUGAGGCCCUACAAGCCCUGGGCCAAGUGACUGGAUUGCAGCUGGAGGAGCUGAGCUUACACAGCUGUAGAGACCUCUCCUCAGAGGCUGUGGCCACCCUGUGCCACCAGCAGCCUGGUAUUACUUCCCUGGACCUCAGUGGCUGCUCAGAGCUGACUGACAGGGCACUCUUGGCUGUGAGCCGAGGCCUCCAACACCUGCGGCACUUGAGUCUGAGGAAGCUGCAGCGGCUGACCGAUGCAGGUUGUGCAGCCCUGGGGGCCCUGCAUGAACUGCAGAGCCUGGACAUGGCUGAGUGCUGUCUUGUGAGCGGUCGGGAACUGGCCAAGGUCCUAGGCUCAGUUCACAGAGCUCCACUUGCACUGACUUCUCUCAGGCUGGCUUACUGCUCUUCACUGAAGGAUGCCUCAGUGCUCUCCAUGAUCCCAGCACUGGGCCCAAGCCUCAAAGUGCUGGACUUGUCCUCCUGUGUGGCCCUCACUAACCAGACCGUGCAGGCCAUCUGUACCUACCUUGUUCACCUGUCAGUCCUGCACCUGGCCUGGUGCAAGGAGCUCCAGGACUGGGGGCUUUUGGGGCUGAAGGAGCCAAGUGAGGAGCCUAUGCUAAGUCCCCAGCUACCCCAAGAGGCGGAAAAUCAGGCCCCAGACCCUCAGGAGCCUAAUUCUGAGUCACAGGGCCCCUCCCUGCUCAUGCUUCAGGCCCUGCAGGAGUUGGACCUCACGGCCUGCAGCAAACUGACUGAUGCCAGUUUGGCCAAGGUGCUCCAGUUCCCUCAGCUGAGGCAGUUAUCAUUGAGCCUACUGCCAGCACUCACAGACAUAGGCUUGGUAGCUGUGGCUAGGGGCUGUCCCAGCCUGGAGCGCUUGGCAUUGAGUCACUGCAGCCACCUCAGUGAUGAGGGAUGGGCCCAGGCAGCCAGGUUCUGGCCAAGGCUGCAGCACCUCAACCUGUCCUGUUGCAGUCAGCUCACAGAGCAAACUCUGGAUACCAUUGGGCAGGCAUGCAAGCAGCUUCGAGUGUUGGAUGUGGCCAUGUGUCCUGGUAUCAACAUGGCAGCCGUCAGGCACUUUCAAGCACAGCUGCCUCAGGUGACCUGCAUCCAGUCCCGCUUUGUGGGAGGGGCUGACCUGACCCUGACGCUUUGAGCCAGGUCAGUAACUAUCCCUGAAGCUCAUCUCCCUUCACCAGUAUAGCCCUCGCCCAGGCCUCUGGACCUGAGUUUGCCCUAGUGCCUUCCCCUGCCCUAGAACCUUUUCUAAGACUCAGGAUGGGACCAUCCCAGGAUACUUGCAGCCCCAGUGUACCCUACAGAUGGCAGCGACCUCUUUCCAGCUACAUGUUGGCUGCCAUGGGCCCUGCUCACAGAGGAGCUGGGCCCGAUGCUGGGGAGGGCCAGACUCUGUGCCUCCUGCCAGCCUGCUACUCAGACCUAAAGCCUUUGUUCUGCCUGCUCCCAGGGGGUCUCCACCCCUCCUGAGCUUUAGCAGUCAAUUCAUCAACUUCACUGUAAACCAAACAAGAUUAAAAAUUCCAGAUUUUA